UUGUUGAUGGUUUCGAGUUUCCAGAGCUCGUCGUCGCUCCUUUUCCUCUCCUCGUCCUAGAGACGCCUUUCUUUCAUUCACUCCUCUGUUCAGUCAUUCUCUUACAGUUGCACAUUCGCUCCAGUCCCUCCCUGUGCAUUACGCUCUUUUCACUGCGAAUUGAUUUCGCCACGCACCUUGACGGUCGCAUUCCAUUUACAGCCCCUCACAGAAUUCCCCAAAAAACCUCAUCCAAUUUGACACACCUGUCAGGAUGCACUUCCCUUUCUUGACACUUGUUGCUGUCUACUUGACCUUGGCGCAGGCUCGCCCGGAAGGACGUUUUGCUCGACGAAAUGGUAGCGAACCAGAUGUGCAACCAGUGUCUGAUUGGGCACAGGCUUCGGCAACGGCAACGUUGAUUGUUUCGACUGCUGAUGACACUUCGGUUGCGGCCGAAACCGAACAAGCGACUGUGGAAGCAGCUAUCUCCUCGACAUCAGUGCCAGCCAUAGACGUCGAGGUAGCAGUUCCUACCACGACCACGACAUCACCGGCUGCCGAAACUAGUGAAUCCACGGAAGUGCACUUGAUAACUACAUCUGAAGAGUCCGAGGAUACAGUCGCUUUGGUGGCUACUACCACAAGCUCCGUCGUUGAUGAAGGUCUCACCACGGCUACAGACAGCACUGCCAUUGUUGUCGGUUCUGCACUACCAACCACAGCUGAGGCAUCGACAACAUCCACCAGGGAAGUUGCAGACCCCUCAUCCACAACAGCAACGGAGAGUGAUGCAACGACUCUUCCAGCUGUCGAAUCGCUAUCUAGCAGUUGGGACGAUUGGAACCUGACCACCACGACGUCCAGCCAGAAUACCACAGUAGACGGCGGUCAACCCACGACGACGACGACGACGACGGCGACGACAACGACAACGACAACCGUCGCUUCCACUCCCCGCUCGUUGACAACUGAUGUGCCUCUGCCCACAUCUUCGACCUCGACUACUACCACGAGUGCUGAGACCACUAUCGAGGCUGUCACAACCACGUCGUCAAGUCACAACCAUGACAACUCGGUCGAACGGACAUCUCAUACUACCACCUCUACGACUGUUGAACCAAUAGUGCAUGGUGUCACAUCAUCCACUACUACCACCAGCGACGUCUCAGACGUUGCCGACGCUAUCGCGACUUCGAGCACACAAAUUGAUCGCAGACCUCCAACUACUCUUCCAGAGUCCACCGCUGAUCAUUCGACUGGAUCUGACAGUCAUCUGCCGGGCUCGACCAUUGUAGAACCCACUGCCACUGUGGCUACACAGGUAGCCCCAGUGGUCAGCAUAUCUGUCGAGACAUCGAUUGCAACUCUGACCUUUGGUGAUGGUCCAGAUCGUACAGUGAUGACCACGACCAUUCACAGAUCGAGAACGAUCACAAUUACUAGGACUAUUCAUGCUACAAUCUUCCGACCCUUCCCAACCGCAGGGCAAGGUCUGAAUGCUCCUGGUGCUCCGGUCAACAAUGCUGGCGGAUCUGGUGGCGAGCCUGUCAGAACAGUGACUGUGUUCUCGACCAUCACUGAGACCACAUUCCUUCCACCCGCCCCAACUGCUCAAGGACCUAUCAAUGUCGGCGGCACAGGCUCUUCUCCCGGCGGUCCAGGGCGUGAAAACGAACCAUGCAGUGUUUCUUUUGUGACUGUUACAGAGACAACCGAGAGAAUUGUGACGGUCACAGCUGUGCCCUCUGGUGGUCAACCCAUCGUCAAGCCAGUUCUCCCAAUCGAAAGUCAGGAUUUGGAGAAAACCACUACUUCAUCCACUACGGUGUCCGCGGAAAGUACGACAACGACAACGGGACUGACAUCGACAUCCACUACCGAAGCAGAAUUGAUCGUCACAGACUCUACCUCCACGACCACUACUGUAGACUCAUAUACCAUCACAACGACCUCUACCACCGUUUCUGCUCCCUAUGGAUUCGGAAAUGGAACCGAUGCGCACAUAAAUCGCUCUGGUAGCUCAGGGUUCCUGACUGUAUCAAAGACUGCAGCUCCAACUGGUUUGAAGCUAUGAUGCUCUCGACAUGAACUGAGUGAGAAUCUCAGAACUCGCAUAUACCCUGACUUGUCG